GAGAGAGAGAGAGGGAGAGACAGAGCAAGAGAGAGACGAGGGGGGGGACGGAGACAGUGAAGAGGAGGCUCCUCUACUGCUCGCACCAGCAGCCAGCCCAGCCUUGUGCCGUGCCUUGUUUUCGCAUGGUGUAUUUAGUGAACACUUGCCCGAGCCAAAAGAAGAAGCAAUCAAAGAAAUAAGACGCAGUUCCUCCCCAAGAGCGGCUCAUGGGAAGGCAGGAGCACGCAGGCCUCACGCCGGUAGUGCACAACAGGCAAGCGUUGAACGAAUAAGGAGAGAGACGCAGGGGGACACGGGGGACACAGACCCAGCACAGCGCUCUCCUUUCUCCCGGACCCCCACGCUUUCCACUUCCUCUCGCAGAGAAGCCGGGACCAGGGAGCUGAGCGGAAGGGGAACUGCGGCACUGGGGGCAUUGCUCACAACAAAGAACGGAGCAGGUACUUCCUUGAACUUUGGUCCUGCUCUGCCGGGUGAGAAUUGAGAAAGCGACAGAGGGAGCUCUGCACUCCCCUUUGUGUGUUUCCUCCAGCGAAGCCCCCGGCGAAGGGCGCAGAGCACAGCCGGCACCCCCACUGCUCAGGGCACAUCCGUAGCCCGGACGUCGAAAUGUUGUUUGCCUUCUGCUGACCUGGAAGAUUAUUGUGGCGAGAAGGAAAAGGGCCGUUGCCCACAGGAAGUCUGGGAAGCUCACAUGUGCCGCGGAUCCUGGUCUGCAGUACUCUCUAGGUUGCUGCUUCUAACCCCACAGCACCUGUGCAAAUAAUUCUGAACUUCUGAACUUCCCGAUACUGCGGAUGCGGCAAGCGCCUGGAGACUGCUCACCUUUACUGAAGUUACAUAUGGAGAGCUGUGGUUUGGCCCAAGUGUAUGGUGAACUUGAAGAGCUCAGAAGACAGGAGGAGUGAAGGAUGUUAACAGAGACAGGCGAGUGAAGGGGUGAAGGAGAGAAAGACGGUGGGCUGAACAGGGCCGGUGCGCUGGCCACAAAACACAGCGGUGCUCAGACAUUAGCAGGACAACGGAGUGUGUGGUGGCAUAAAAUCCACGACUUCCUAAAACGUUUCGAACUGUUCAGUAAUUUUAGAUCCAUAUACAAAACCUGUGGCUAAGUUGUUGCAGAACUUUUUUUAAAAAAUUUUUUUAAAUGCGAUUUCACUUUAAACUGUUGUGUUAGCAGUUGGGCUUUGCACACAGUCUAAUCGAAGUGGUGAUAUCAGUGAUCCCAGCCCUUUUGAGGGGAGGGUAGGCGUUGGCUCAGCCGUUUCUAGUGUGGCCUGGGGGCUCAGCUAUGGCCAUGGUGAGCGGGGGUUGGGGCGAUCCCAAUGGGGACACCAACGGACUCGGGGACAAGAGUUACCUGCGAGGAGACGAGGAAGACGGUUCUCCCCAGGCAGGCAGCAGUGAUGUGGAAGCGGGGGAGGACGACAAGGCCUGCUCUGUGGACUGCGUGGUGUGCGGGGACAAGUCGAGCGGCAAGCACUACGGUGUGUUCACCUGUGAGGGCUGCAAGAGCUUCUUCAAGAGGAGCAUCCGCCGAAACUUGAGCUACACCUGCAGGUCAAACCGCGAGUGCCAGAUUGACCAGCACCAUCGCAACCAGUGCCAGUACUGCCGCCUGAAGAAGUGCUUCCGUGUGGGCAUGCGCAAAGAAGCAGUCCAACGUGGACGCAUUCCACCAUCGCACUCAGGAAUUAGCCCCACGUCCAUGGCGGGGGUAGGCAGUGGGGGCCCUGCAGGCUCCGGGGACUUCUUCAAUGGGCAGCCAGUGUCGGAGCUCAUCUCGCAGCUGCUGCGCGCCGAGCCUUACCCGCCCAGUCGCUACGGGCCUCAGUAUGGCCCCCAGCAGCAGCAGGGUCCUGGAGGUGCUAUGGGCAUUGACAGCAUUUGCGAGCUGGCAGCGCGACUCCUCUUCAGCACCAUCGAGUGGGCCCGCAACAUCCCCUACUUUCCUGAGCUGCCUGUGUCGGAGCAGGUGGCCCUGCUGCGGCUCAGCUGGAGCGAGCUCUUCAUCCUGAACGCGGCACAGUCCGCCCUGCCACUGCACACCGCCCCGCUGCUGGCUGCCGCCGGCUUCCACUCCUCGCCCAUGUCAGCUGAGCGAGUUGUCUCGUUCAUGGACCAGGUGCGGGUCUUCCAGGACCAGGUGGACAAGCUCACACGUCUGCAGGUGGACUCGGCUGAAUACAGCUGCCUCAAAGCCAUCGCCUUGUUCUCCCCUGACGCCUGUGGCCUGACGGACCCGGUCCACGUGGAGAGCUUGCAAGAGAAGGCGCAGGUGGCACUGACGGAGUAUGAGCGGCUGCAAUACCCCGGUCAGCCGCAACGCUUUGGCCGUCUGCUCCUGCGGCUGCCUGCCCUCCGGGCUGUGCCUUCCUCACUCAUUUCUCAGCUCUUCUUCAUGCGCCUGGUUGGCAAGACACCCAUUGAGACACUCAUCCGCGACAUGCAGCUGUCGGGCAGCUCCAUCAGCUGGCCUUACGUGCCCGGGCAGUGACCUGCUGCUGGCCCUGCCUUGACCUCAUCGCUGGAUCUGCCUAAUGCUGGGCUUGGCAUGUUGGCUGCUCCUACUGAUCUUUGUAACUUCUGUUUCAUACUGCAACCGUACCUUACAGUUUAUAACCAAGCACGCAAAUGAUAUGCUGUCAGAAGUUACACUACAAGGAGCAUUGCGUGUCUCCUCUUUUGGAAACUAAAUAUAGUCAAAGAUCUUCCUUUUAGGGAACUGAAGGACAGAACAAGCUGGUCAUUGCACAUGGGUUACAUCACUUUAGCGACAAGCUCACGUAAAAUACUCAUUUGAAAUGUUGCCCAGCAGGACAACUGAAACAUUCACAAUAGACAUUUUCAAGUUAAGAGAAUGUGCUGGCAUUUUCUUCCAUACCUGUCUCAGUGAGAAUAUAUUUCCCUGUCCUAUAUUAGAUGAUAUUCCUUAUGACCUAUAUUUACCAAAUCAAAAUGCCAAAGAUCUGUUUUGACUGUUUCUGUCUGCAAAAACUAGUAUUGAAUCCAAAAUUUUUCACUAAGAAAUGUUCUAAAAACCAACGUCAGUCUAAAUCAUUAGAAUAUACAUUGUAGUGUUACUUAAAAUACAAAAAUGUGUGAUAGCAGGCUUGGUUAGUGACAUAAUUUAACUUGUACAUUAAUGCUUAACACGAUACAAAAAUAGAACAUGACUUUCGUAAUAACAGGUUAUGCUCUGUCUUACUUUCAUCUGAAUUAAUGUGAGCCAAGAUUUCAGUGAAAUGUUUAGCAAAUAAGACUUUGCUUAACCCAAAAAGAUGACCUCACAGUUUCCAACGUUUUUCCUGUAAAAGAGAAAAUACCUCCAGCAAUCUUUGGACACACAAAUAUUGUAACAUUUCUUAUUUACCUUGAAUGUCCUUUACUGCACAUUACUGCAAUGCAACAGAAGGCAGCGUUUUGUACUUGCAUAUUUGUGAUGACCCAGAAAUACCCCCCUUCACAGUUAGGUGUAUCAGUGGUGCUGCACUGGGAGCAAUGCUGGAAGCAAUGCCUUGGGCUGCUCUCUGGCCUUGUGUCCAACCUGCAAUGCAGCCUCCCAUCCUGCAGGGGGCGAUGAAAGAACUGCUGAAACCCAGGAGAGGCCAAAUGGGACUUUGAUACCCCACCUAGAAUUCACUAGGAUUUACCUCAUGUCCAGGCCUUCUUCAGAGCCCUUAACUUUCUGUUAAAUUAUAAACUUAUUAAGAUCACAGUGGUUUGGUUGUGGUUUAGCUUUAAUAGCCUAUGUGGGUGACUGCAAAAUAAAUCAACAAAUUAAAAACAUGAAGAAAUUAUUUCACACACAUGAAAUUGUCGAAAGUAUUUACAUAAAUCAAAAGAAUCAAGUCACACACAGAACACAAGUUCACAACACCAGUAAGGAAAUACACAUACAUUUUUCCCCCCAGAUUCUCAUUGCAAACAAACAUUCAACCCAAGGAGAGGUCUAGAAACUGCUGAAUUAAAUACGUUACUUUUAAAUCUGUUUGGGGUUUCCUGUUUCUGACCCUUUAACCAACAAAUCUCAGCUUUGUGUUAUUUAUUCAAACUUAAUUUGAACCAAGUAAAACUGAAAUGAGUGUUUCUUGUACCUGACUUCUUUUCUACUGGUAAGGUGUUAUUGUGGGUGGAGUCAUAUACCAGUGAAGCAUCUGGUAGAAUAAAGAAUACUUAUUAUGAGUCUGUUACAUGUUAUAUAAUUAAUGUGUAAGGAAUAGCAGAGCUGCCUGAAAUUCUGAGUGUGUGUGGCCAAGCUACUAUUUCAAUAAAGCUGUAGUUUACUCAUAUUUUAAAACAAUAUAUACAAACGGACAUAUGUACACACAUACGUAUA